AUGACCGCCGGCCCGCCGACGACCCUCGAGGGCUGGCUCACCAAGGACAAGAAGUCCAAGGGCUUCGGCUUCGGGUCGUCGGAGACGCGGCGCUGGUUCAAGGUCAAGGCCAUCACGCCGGACCCCGGGUCGAAGCGCAGCGGCGGGCCGGCGAAGAUGGCGCUCUGCUACUACAAGAGCGACCGCGACCGCGAGCCCCGGGGCUGGAUGUUCCUCCGCGACAUCACCGCAAUAAGAGAGGCGGGCCCCAAGUGCUUCGUCGUCGAGCACCCGUCGCGGUCCUACGUGCUCCACGCGGCGACGACGGGCGAGCACGCCGACUGGGUCGCGGGCCUCAAGGAGCUCGUCGCCGACGCCCAGGGCGCGACCAAGGCCAAGCCCGCGCCCGCGAAGGCGCCGCCGAAGAAGUUGGAAGAUCCCGCGCUCUACGAGUACGGCUCGCUCUACGACGACGGCCGCGGGGAGCCGCCGCGCGACCGCUACGACGACGACCACGACCGCUACCGCGGCGACGCCGACGCGCGGCGCCGCGACGACGACCGCGACCGCGACCGCGGCUACGACGGGAGCCGCCGCGGCGACCGCCGCGGCCCGUCGCCCGACCGCCGCGACGGCCGCCGCCGCGACGACCGGGACCGCCGCGGCGACGACCGCGACCCGCGCCGCGACGACCGGGACCGCCGCGACCCGCGCCCGGACGACCGGGACCGCCGCGACCACCCCCGGUCGCCCGACCGGUCGCGGCCGCCGCCGCCCGCGAGCCCGCCGCGCGACGCCGACGAGCCCGACUUCAGCCAGCUCGCCGACGAGAUGGACGACAUCCUCAACGACGGCCCCGCGUCGCCGUCGCCGGAGAAGCCGGCCCCGAUGCGCGCCGCCUUCGACUUCGUGCCCCCGGAGCGCGACGACGCGCCGCGCGGCCGCGGCGCGCGCCACGCGCCCGAGUACUACGGCGAGAACGCGGACCCCGAGCCCGCGCCGCGCGACGCCUCGGCGCCGACGUCGCCGGCCCAACCCCCGCGCGAGACGGCCGCCCAGAAGGCCGCGCGGGAGCGCGCCGCGCGGCGCCGCGACGACGACCAGCGGGAGGCGGCGCGGGAACAGGGUUUCCCAACGUGGGAGGACGAGGACGAGUCCGCGUUCCGCUGCGGCGACGCCGUCGUCGUCCAGGGGUCCCGCGGCGAGCCGAGCCGCGAGGGCGUCGUCGUGCGCGUGCGCCCGGGCGAGCGCUACGACGUCGACUACGACCGCGGCGGCGACCGCGAGGGCCGCGUGCCCGGGUCGGCGCUCGCAUUCCGCGACGGCGACCGCCACCGCGCGGGCGACAAGGUGCUCGCGCGCUGCCGCGGCGGCGACGCGACCUACCCGGGGACCGUGCGCUGCGGCGGCGCCGACGGCACCUACGACGUCGACUACGACGACGGCGACCGCGAGCGCCAGGGCAGCAAAAGAGAGCGAAAUUCCCAACUUCAAAGGCUCCUAUCUCGGCCGUUUUCCACUCGCGAGCGCGGCGUGCCGCCGGCGCACGUCCGCGCGCUCAAGCAGCGGUCGCCGAAGAAGCCCGAGCCGCUGGCGCGCCGCUCCGGCGACGACUCGCCCCAGUUCGACGACGAGAUCGACCUCGGGGCCGAGGCCCUCGACGACACGGCCGCGCGGCGCCGCGCGCGCGGCGCGGCCCCGUCGUUCCUCGACGACGACGCGGCGGCCCGGCGCCGCAAGAAGCCGGAGCCGGAGACGCCCCUCGUCGCCGCGGCGGGGAAGAACGCCCUCAAGACGCCGCCGGCGGCGUCGGCGCCGCCCGCCGAGGCGCCGAAGAAGCGCGACCUGCCCGCGGCGAAGAUCGCGCGGCGCGCGGCCGGCGGCGACGAGCUCGACAUCCAGUGGGGCGACGGCUCGAAGCCGCGCAAGUCCAAGCCCAAGUCGGCGCUCGCGAAGCGCCUCGAGGAGGGCGGGAGCCGCAAGCCCUCGAAGCGGUCGCGGGCCAAGCCCGAGAAGCGCGUCGACGACUCGGACGACGAGAACGUCGAGGACGACCUGCUCGCGGAGCGCGAGCGGCUCAACCGCAUCAAGGCGCUCGCGGACGCGCGCCGCGACAGCGCCAAGGCCGCGAAGAAGAAGGUCGCCGACAAGGAGAAGGAGUCCAAGAAGAAGAAGAAGGACAAGGCGGAGGAUUCGAAGCCGAAGGCGCCGUCGCUCUUCGGCGGCGUCCGGCCCGACGACGGCUUCGUCGACGACGACUGGGACGCGUCCCUCGACUCGCCGGCGGCGCGCAAGGCGCUGCCGGCCAAGGGCGGGCCCAUCGGCGGCUUCGGCGCCGUCAAGCCCGACGCGGACUUCCUCGAGGACUGGGACCCGGAGUAGGCCGGAAGCCAGCUCCGGCGCCGCCGGCCCAAGUCCCCCGGCCCGCCGCCCCUUCUUCGCCGCCCGUCGAUCUAAAAACAACCUACGCG